AUGGCAGACAAUGGAACGGAGGACGUUCCCGCAGCGCUGACUAGCACACCAAGCUUCGAAGGCCGACUCAAACUUACACAGUUCAUGUAUAACAGACCCGAGGAUCUCGAGGCGUCAGCACAUCGUAGUCCUCGUUUGAGAGCACUUCCCUCUGCCCUUUCAUCACCUUCUCGUUCGCCAUCAAAAGGUGCAUCGCCUUCGCCGGCACAGUCAACGAAACGCAAGCAUGAGUCUCAGGCGACUGCGACUAUCACUGCCAGCAGUGCGUCCCAAACCCGCACGCCUUCCCCCAAGAAGCGGAAUCGCAAAAGCAGCUCAUAUGCGCCACCCUCAACCUAUGCCCACCUACCACCUUUGCAGGACAUUUUUGCGCCUGACCUCCUGAUCAUCUUCGUCGGGCUGAACCCGGGCAUCCAGACAGCACGUUCAGGACAUGCUUACGCACAUCCGUCGAACCUGUUCUGGAAGCUGCUGUACUCGUCUGGCAUCACGCCGGUGCCUUGCAGGGCGGAGGAGGACCGCACACUGCCAGAGCGGUUUUCGUUGGGCAACACGAAUAUCGUGGAGCGGCCGUCGCGCAACGGUGCCGAGUUGAGCAAAGCAGAGAUGGACGAAGGCGUGGAGGUGUUGGAGGGGAAAAUCCGGAAAUGGAGGCCCGAGGUCGUCUGUAUCGUCGGCAAAAGCAUCUGGGAGAGCAUCUGGAGGGUCAGAAAAGGCAGAGCGAUCUCAAAGGCGCAGUUCCGGUAUGGAUGGCAGGACGAGAGUGAGAACAUGGGAGUUCCAAACCAGGAUGAGGCCAAGGAGGACCAUGUUGGGAGGUACCCUGGUGCUAAGGUUUUUGUUUCUGCAAGUACAAGUGGGCUUGCUGCUUCACUGAGACCAGAGGAGAAACAAAAAAUCUGGAACGAACUUGGGGAUUGGUGUAAGAAAAGGAGGCGAGAAAGGGACGGUGAAACCUCCACUUGA